GUUAUGACCAAAUAGGCCAUGCCUGCCAGCCCCAUCAUUCCCAAAACCAAAACCUUCUCCGACGACGUCGUUCCCUCUCUUCUUCUUCUUCUCCUCAUAUAUAACUCACCUCACCACCUUCUUCUUCUUCUUCUUCCUCUUGCAGAGAGAGAGAGAGAGAGAGAGAGAGAGAGAGAGUGACAGAGGGAGAGCGCGAUCUUCUUCCAUCGAUCUCUACUCUUUCCUCUCACCUUUUUCCAGAUUCCUCCAAUUUUCCGAUUCAUCCCCGAGAUGCCAUUCGCUUCCCUCUCAAAUCACCUGCUUCACUCUCACGAUUUUGAUUGAGGCGGCGGCUGCGGCUAAUUAGGGAAAGAGUGACUGCUGGUUUCGCGGGAAAGUGGUUCUAUUGCUGGAUAAUGGCUGUGACAUUUCUGUGAUUACUGAUUGCUGCCUUUGCGUUCUAAAUUUUUUCGUCUUUCACGAUGUGGAGUUUCGCGUCGCGAGCCUUUACGAGCAUUACAAAGAAAAGGCGCUCCGCGGAGCCGAGUCAUACUUCUGCAGAAUGCUCGGAUGAUGAGGUUUGCUCUAAUGCCAGCAGAGAUGAAGGGCUAGAGUGUCCAAUAUGCUGGGAAUCUUUCAACAUUGUUGAGAAUGUGCCUUAUGUGUUGUGGUGCGGCCACACCUUGUGUAAAAAUUGUGUCCUUGGACUUCAGUGGGCUAUGGUGAAAUUUCCUACUCAGCAAGUCAGGGUUCCUCUCUUCAUUUGUUGUCCAUGGUGCCACCUGUUAUCGUUCCGGCUCAUUUACAAGGGGAAUUUGAAAUUUCCUCGUAAGAACUACUUCCUUCUUUGGAUGGUUGAGAGUCGGAACGGUGAUAGGCACAAGCAUUCCUCUUGUGUGGAUAGCCAACCAAAUUGGUCUCCCAAAUGCAACCUUCUGGGAAGUCAAGGUACUACUUGUAACCUUAGAAGGGCCUCCCCAAUUAUUCGUCGUUCUGGACAGUCGGGAUCCAACAGUGAGGUUGGUAUCAGUGAUGGAGAGAGACACAAUUUCUCCCUACAUAAAUCUCUGGAUUUCUUCAUUCAUUUUACAUCCAAGUUCCCACUAGUCAUCAUUUUCCUUUUGAUUGCCUUUUUCAUCAUUCCCUGCAGUGCUGUCAUUUUAGUCAUUUACUUGCUACUCACUAUUCUUUUUGCUAUCCCAUCAUUCCUCGUAUUGUACUUUGCAUUCCCUACGAUCCAGAGGCUGAUAACCGAAAUAACAUCUUAAGAUGCAGCCUCACUUCUACGGACAAUGGCAGCGUGUGAGUUCAACUUCAACAAAUUCCACUAUAUACGUUUGGGUUGAUUGUUCUAACCUCUACCUUAUGGUAUUUUUUUUUUGUUAUUUGUAGGUGGUCAUGUUUUUAUGGUUCUUCUUUCUUUUGUAGUUAUGCCAUUUUCACAUCAAAUUCAAGAUAAAAAUCUUGAAUAGAACUUUGCUCUGGGCAGUUGUAAUUUGCUUUUUAAUUCCUUUUUUCUCUUGAAGUGGGUGAUUAACUAUUGUACAAAGGAACAAGGAUUACAGGCUAAAAUUUUAUGUGCCAAAUGGCUUUGGAUA